CUAAAUAAUUACUCUUCAUUCUCCAUAGCGCAACCCACCCCCGCGCCGAAGAUCCCUUUCGCAACCCUGAUUUAAGAACCAAAACAAAGGAUCUUCUCGCGCUUCUGCCUUGCGUUUCUGUGAUUGGAAAAAUUAAGGAACCAUGGCCAGUUUUGGGGUGAAGACAGGAGGAACAGCUGGAGCAACAGCAGGAGGUGGAUUCUCUUUUGGAAAUCAGAACCCUACUGGGGGUGGAUUCAAUUUUGGCCAGGUACAGCAACAACAGGCAACACCUGCAGCUGGAGCAGUGGCUCCUCAAGCUAACAAGAGCCUUUUUGGCACUCCGCCUGCAGGCACUCAGCGCCUAGGGUUUAAUUUUGGCACUCUGGGUGGUACUCCCAGUACCUCAGCAGCUGCCACAACAAGCACAGCCUCCAGCUUCAGCUUCAGCUCAACAGCCACCCCAGCUACCUCGACCACUACCUUUGGGGGCUUCAACUUCAGCAGUACACCAGCUGCCACCAGUGCGAGUGGCUUCUCGUUAGGUGGUGCAACACAGAGCACAGGGACCACAGGCUUCAGUCUCGGGGGAACCAGCCUGGCCCCCACAGCUACCUCAAGCGCAGCAGGCACCGCCUCGGGCUUCUCCUUCACAGGUCUCGGGGGAGCCACAACAACCUCAGCUGCCCCAGCAACAGAUUUUUCAGCUGGAUUAGGGGGUGCACAAGCCCUGCAGACCUCUCAGGCACCCAAGCUUGGGGGCGGUUUUGGGUUCACAAGUUUACAGACCACUACCACCACCACAAGUUCCACAGGCCUUGGGGGUAUCAACAUAGGACUUGGAGGGGCACAACCCCCAUCAGCCAGUGCAGGUAACAGCAACGUAGGAGCAAAGCCAGAUGGCAAGUCUGCAAAGGAGCAACUUUUAACAAAUGACUUGUUUGGCACCAUUGCACUCUUCGAAUCUCGCCGCGAUGCUGAGAACUCGGCCUCAGAGGAGAACAUCCGACAGACAGCUGCACCUUUCCAUAAGGUAGCCAAGAAAGCAACGGAGAUCCAGCAGCUGCUUGCUGAGCUGGCUAGUGAGUACCAGCAGCUGCAUGCAAGUGCAGUUAAUCUCAAGGCAGAUGUAAUGAAGGAAGCAGAGCAUGUCGAGAUGGCCAGACGGACCAAGGAGACCCCAAUGGCCCUUCAGGGGGAAAACAAAGUCCCUGAGAUGUACUUCAUCAACCUGGUGCGUUACUUUGAGUCAGAAAUGAUGUACUGCCGCACCAAGAUUGAGGAGGUGUCAAUGUGCAUGCAAGCAGCCAACAACCCUAAUGAAACACCUGAUGACAUAGCGGAGGUGCUGCAGCGCGAGCACGACACAUUGAAGGAGUUGGCAAGCAAAGUGUAUUCCAAGCACUCACAUCUUGUCGAGCUGGGCCAUCGCCUCAACACCUCCACCAAGCCGAAUGACCAGGGCUUUUUCCGACCUCAGUCCAAGGAGGAUGCCAAGAUCCCUGCCUCAGCUGUGGUGCGGCCAGUGCUAGGGG